UGCUCGGGGUUGGGGGGAUUUAAGUUUCUCUAGGAGUGGGGAAAUACUGCGCCUGUUAGAACUUGGCUCUGCACAUCAGGAGCCAGAGUUCUAGAACUGGUUCUACUACUGAUUUGCCCCGGGGACCUCGAGCUAGUAUAUUAGGCUUGUAUAUUAAAUCCCCCAGAUUUCUGUUUUCCAGUCUGAAACUAGGGGUUGGCUGGACGAGGAGGUUAGCUGGGACAACGGCCCCCGUGGCUUCCCAUUGCAAUUGUUCCUCGCCCUGGCACCGCCUCCCUCUCUCGGAGGCCAGAAGAGGAAGAGAGAGCGGCCCCUUUAAGGGAGCCCUCGACUACCAGGGCCCGGGGUGCCCCCCGCAGGGGAGCAGGGGCGGGGCGCCGGGAACCCGGGCUUCCCACGCAGCCAGGGACGCCGUUACGUCACAGAGCUCGCAGCCAAUCAGGAUGGAGCCUACCGGGACGCAUUACUAGGGCGACGGGCCGGACGCCUCCCCGCUUCGGGAUGAAUUAGCGGCGGGUUCUGUUUGGAGAUUGUGACCCCCACGGAUUCUGCAGGUCGCCCACGCGUCCCCCACGGUGACGCUCGCUGUCCUCUGCUGGUCACAGGUGGGAGGCUGGAACUGUCAGAACCAUGGUGUCAUGGAAAGGGAUUUACUUCAUACUCACUCUGUUUUGGGGAAGCUUUUUUGGAAGCAUUUUCAUGCUGGGCCCCUUCUUACCUUUGAUGUUUGUAAACCCAUCUUGGUAUCGCUGGAUCAACAACCGCCUCGUGGCAACCUGGCUCACACUGCCCGCGGCAUUGUUGGAGACCAUGUUUGGUGUAAAAGUGAUUAUAACAGGUGAUGCGUUUGUUCCUGGAGAAAGAAGUGUCAUCAUCAUGAAUCAUCGGACAAGAAUGGACUGGAUGUUCCUGUGGAAUUGUCUGAUGAGAUAUAGCUACCUCAGAUUGGAAAAAAUUUGCCUCAAAGCCAGUCUCAAAAGUGUUCCUGGGUUUGGUUGGGCCAUGCAGGCUGCUGCCUAUAUCUUCAUUCAUAGGAAAUGGAAAGAUGACAAGAGCCAUUUUGAAGACAUGAUUGAUUAUUUCUGUGAUAUCCGUGAACCACUUCAACUCCUCAUAUUCCCAGAGGGGACUGAUCUCACAGAAAACAGCAAAGCUCGAAGUAAUGAUUUUGCUGAAAAGAAUGGGCUUCAGAAAUAUGAAUAUGUCUUGCACCCAAGAACUACAGGCUUCACUUUUGUCGUAGACCGUCUAAGAGAAGGGAAGAACCUGGAUGCUGUCCACGACAUCACGGUGGCGUACCCUCACAACAUUCCUCAGACAGAAAGGCACCUUCUCUACGGCGAAUUUCCCAAGGAGAUCCACUUCCACGUGCACCGCUACCCCGUGGACGCCCUCCCCACCUCCAGGGAGGGCCUCCAGCUCUGGUGCCACAGGCGGUGGGAGGAGAAAGAAGAGAGGCUGCGCUCCUUCUACCAAGGGGAGAAGAACUUUCACUUCACCGGUCAGACUGUAAUUCCACCUUGCAAGUCUGAGCUGAGGGUCUCUGUGGUCAAACUGCUGUCUGUACUUUACUGGACCCUGUUCAGCCCUGCAAUGUGCCUACUCAUAUAUUUGUACAGUCUUGUUCGGUGGUAUUUUAUCAUCACCAUUGUUGUCUUUGUGCUACAAGAGAGAAUAUUUGGUGGACUGGAGAUCAUUGAACUUGCAUGUUACCGUUUUUUACACAAGCAACCACAUUCAAACGUAAAAAAAAAUGAGUGAGCUCCUAGGGUAACAACCCAAGGGUACUUUGGAGAGGUGUCAAGCCUUUGUAAAUGGAGGUGCAUUUUUGCAUGACUGUCAAAUAUUUCUACUACCACCAUUAUUUGUUAAAGAUAUUUUACACUUAGUUUUGUGGGAAAAUAUUGUUACACACGAUUUUUUUUUUAAUCUCUGAAUGUAAUUUCAAUACACAUAGCAGGGAGCGAUCGCUGUGAAGUAACUCGGACCAGAGUUUUAUUAAGCAAUCGCCAGGCUGUUAACAAGCAAGGUACACACACACACGAUUUUCGGAAAGGCUCAAUCCUAUUCCCUAACCAACUCCCCAGACAAGAGGCAGAUCUGGGGCUUGGGAGCACUAGCUCAGAUCACGUGCUAGCACUUGACUGUUGCGGUGAGGGCCCUUCCUCCCAGCUCCCUCCCUCGGCACUGUCCCCACGUUCAUUUCCAAGCCAAUCAGACCAUUGCACCCUUCCUUAAGACCAGAGAUCAGAAGUCUUUGCCCUUAAUCCAACCAACCAUUUCGAUAGGAAGCCCUUCAUUACUCAUAAAAUCUUGGCAUUUAGCCGUGCACUGACCUAGACAUCAGACCACCUGUGCCCUCUUUUCACAUGAAGACCUGGACGUGUCUCAGGGAGCAACCACAGACUCUCCACUUAGAAACCUUAGUUUGCAUUUUUAAAGCUAGGAAUUAAUACAGUCCUUCACUUCCAUGUACGGUUGCAUGCUCAGUGCUGGGUUCACCACAGCUCAUUGGCAGGCGUAGCUCUUUCUGCGUCAAAAACGACAUACAUCAAGUCACUUACCUUUCUGAAGAACCUGCGUAGCCAAGGGGUUCUGUUCUUGGAGUCGAAACUCUUGAAGAAGUGUCUUCUGAAAUAUUUCUUUAAAACCUGCCCCCAAAGAGAAAGUUAUCGUCUUUCCUGUACGUGCAUAGGUAUCUAUAGCAUCUGCCAUUAAAACAACAGCACUUGCAGACAAGGCAGUAAUGGUUUAUCCUAAAUUAUUCAACCCUUGGAGCCUUGACAAAUUUAACUCUUAAAACCAAAAUGGUAGCACGAAAAUGAACCCCUUUUUAAUGAUAACCAAGGCUUGCUCACUCUUUUAGUCCCAGGCUUCCUUUUGGUACUAAAAUUCAAACCCAUUUUUGACCAGUUGUUUGCCUAAGUAUUCCUGGUUUUGGAGCCCAUGGAACAUCCAGAAAACCUAGAGCACCAGUCUCCUUCCAAGGCAGAAGUGCGUGGUCCUGUUCCCCACCCUGCUGGGGCCAAGCACUAUGCUUUUCAUCAUAUAACAGGGGUGCUGGUCAGAGGCAGUGAAAUAAGAGGCAGUGAAAAGCCUUUAGCUGCCAGCAAGCCUCCGGACUUCACCCCUGCCUUGAACCAGCCUCAAAGCUGUUGCUUUAUUACUCUUUUGGCAUGAAUGCCUUCUCCUUAAUUACAGCUCCGUUUUGCUCAACAGUGACCUUUAACCCGACACUUGAAACGUGCAUUCCCUGGAAAGGUAGGCACAUCGGGAGCCCAACUUACUGAGAUUUCUUUCAGAGGAGAUUCCUCUCAGAAAGUACCGUUGGUGCGCACAGCGCUGUUGACGCGUCCCCUUUACUGGAAGAGAACUAACUGACCAGGCUGCGCGGACUUGUACCAGCCUGUAUUUAACUGCUCCCCGAGGCUGUUUUCAAUCCUGCCCAGAGCUACUCAGUCAUUAUUAUGAACAUCUGCUCUAAACCCAGCUGUUAAAUCUUAUGGUUUUUAAGGUGUUUUCUUUUUUAGCUUUUUUUUUUCCUUAAUGAAAGAGGUUUCUAAUUUAGGUUUCUCUCAGACUUCCUUCUGGUUAUAUUUGGAAACACAGAAGGAGUUUUACAGUUAGCAUCGCAUUCGCAUCGUCUGGGGCCAUAGAGAAAAGCUGUGUUUCCCGUCCCACACUUUAUACUGCUGCCGGCCACCCCUCCUCCAGCUCCUCAUGGCUCCUUGUUUAAGGUAUAACCUCCAUGCAAGGGGUGAGGCCCGUAAAAGAGGAAAUCUUUUUUCUUUCUUUUUUUGAAACUGUUUUCUUCUUUUUGAUCAUAAAAAAAGGCACAUAUGAUAAAAUGCCAACUCUGUUUUACCUACCCAAAAUUCAUAUACGCUAAACCUGGGGGAUAAUAGACCUUGUACCUGCUGAAUCAGGAAUGAUAACUUCAACCAGAAAAAAGUUGCUUCUUUUUGGUUUGUUUUUUGGUUGGGAAGGGAGGGGUUGGUCUUUUAAAAUCGUAAUUAUUUGUGUUUCUACAUAUUUGUCUUUUUCUUUUAAAAAAGUCGUUCGAGAACUGUUCGGCUGAUGAUUUGGAACUCACAGAUUUGUAAAAUCGGUAGCAAAACGUCAAGCAGAAAGUAAUCUAACCUUAAUGUUGUCAUAGGCCUCAGGAGUGACCCCACCCCGCUCCCUGGACUUGGCAGCUGCUUGUCGGGCUGUGCCUAGACACCACGUCCCACCUCAUGACCCCUCAGGCCCUUGAAGGUCAACCCAUUGGACCAGGAAACGUUUACUGUCUGUCCAAUUUGCUCCAUAUUGACUGUUCAGAAGCAUGUUAACUGAAGUGUGGUUUCUGUGGGCCAUGAACCAUUGUACAUAGGAAGGAGACGGCAGGGACGGCACUGGUUAGGUAACAUGUUCUAGCAGUUCUAGCAGACCUUGCUGAUGAAGCAGGCCAAAGUCUUGCGCAAAUCAGCAGAAGGACACGGUGAGACAGAAAGAAAAUGCACACUAGCGCCCGUAAUUUAAAAGUCCUACUAAAACCUUCCUUGUUUGUUAUAACACUAACACACAGCUUAGGGAGAAAUACCAGCUUCCCUUCACAUCACUCUGAAAGUCGUUACUUCCUCCUCACCAUGUCAGGAGUCAGAUGUUGAUGGCCAGGACCGAAUUCUGCAGAAAGGGUACACUUCCCAUGUCACCACCGGGGCCACGAGCUCUGGGCCUGACCACAAUGCCCCUCUGCACUUUUCUAAUCGACACUCUACUGGAGGGAGCCUGUUGGUAUUCAACUGUUUACAUUUCUUUAUAUAAAUAAUGUGCUUUCAGUGCCUUAGUUACGGGUCCCUUUGUUUUUCUCGUUCCAAGAAUUCUGCGAUGUGUUUCUUAGGUAAAAUUCUCUUUUUGCUACUCACUGGGAGGAAAAUGGUUUGUAAACACUGGUCACUGUGGUAAACUUUUGAUGACAUCCAGAGAGGAGAACUUGAUGCUGAGGUGGCCUUUGCCUUUAUUUACGCUAUAGGAAACAAAAAUGGUUUGUCACAACCUGAGCUUCAGAUUGGAGAUGGCCCAAAAGUUGUCUUGUACCGACCUUAAGUUUUUAUUUCAGAGGAGAAUCUUGGUUUUGGUAAUUUAUUUUUUAAACGAUUAUGUACAAAACACCAAGUUUUAAAAAUAACUCACAGAAUGGCCUUAGUUUUCAAUGUCCACUGGUAUGUUUGUGAGUUGUGUUAUCUGUAAUUUACAUCCCAGAAUAAAGUGGAAUGACUUACAUAGA